AUGUAUGGAAAAAAGAAAUUAUCCUCUGUUCAUGAAAUAAGGUUGGAAUUGUUUUUGCAAAAGUAUAAACCGAAAGGAAAAGAUGAAGCACUAGCAUGUUUCAAAAAGUUUGACGGGAGUUCUUUGCCAUCUUGUUCUCGGGUACUGUAUGAAAAGAUUCACCGCACAAAGUAUAUUGCCGAACUAUGGCUGUCGUCAACAUCAUCCGCUCCACCCGAUCAAUUAUCUAAAGAAAUGGGUUGGCAGAUUGAAGAUAGUCAUUACACUGUGAACUGGUUGAUGGGGAAGUGUCACCUAAGUCAAUAG